UCACCUUUGAGGCGACAGCCGACAUGGAUGUGUACUACUUCUACAGCUACGGCACUGCAGGAUGGCUGGCUCUACAAGCAGCACCGCUCAUCGCCUCGCCGACAAUGAUAGUCACGCUGCUGAGCCCAGAGGUGCGGGAAGCUACCCCGCUGGAAGUCUACUUCUCCCGCAGCCUGGGCUUCGCACUGCUAGCCAUCGGAGUGCUGCAAGUCCUGCUGACAGGAUCAAUCCCGCUGACGAGUAGAUUGACCGACGCCGGCCCAACAACCACCGACCCCGCGGACCCCAAAGCCCCCUACGCUCUCCCGACCCUCACCAUCACGGCCAUCUUCCACGGCCUCUGCGCCUUCUACGCCUACAUGCUGUGGACCGAGACGGGCAUCGUGUCCUUUAGCCUCGGCGUCGCGGGCAGCGGUUUCUUCUGCUCCGUGGCCGUUUGGUGUAUCCUGUUUGCGAGCUCCGAUGGGAGGAUUAGCAGGAAGACGGGUAUGGAUAAGAGGGUUAGUGGGUGGCCGUUUGAGAAUAAAGUCGAGAAGGAGUGGAGGGGGAAGAAGGGGGACUGAGGAUGGAGGGGUGUCAAGAAACAGAGUCGGGGAUGGGUUGAAGGAUUAAGGAUUGAAAGUGUGCAUGCGGGAGUGGAUUGGGUGUUUGGAUGCUCUGGGUACAGCGAAGGUAUAUAUGUGUAUGCGUAAACGGAGCACUGGCGUGAAUGGGAAUGGAUAUACAAUUAUCGUAUGCAAAUCCAAACAGAAUUAUGAAGCAUUCCCCGGGAACGCUUUGGGUCUCUGCUUCCCGCUUCUCAGCCUGUCUUCGAACAGAGUAUGCUAAAUAAAACAGAAACCAAAGAAACAGUCGU